AAUAUGUUAUCUUCAAGAUAAGAGAAUAUGCACAUGACAAACUGUACCCUUACUUUUAGAACUGUGACAACGAUUUAACAGAUGUUGCUAUUAUUGGCAUUAGUGUUGGUUAGUACCACGGUGACGGUGGAUGGAGCGUGCAAAACAAUUGGACAUGUGUACGAUUGCGCAAACUCUGGACGUACUUCAAUACCAGAUUUUACAACGAUCCCAAAUCCUGGUUCAAUAACAAUUGUAAACCUCAAUAAUAAUCUCAUAAGAACCGUUCCUAUUCAUGCAUUUAAAGGAUUAACACACAAAGAUUUAGAGAUAAAUUUAGGUCACAAUAAUAUAACAUCCAUUCAGGAUGGAGCUUUUGAUGCUGUUUAUGAUACACUAAUAAAACUAACACUUAGAUCUAAUAAUUUGAGGGAUUUGUCACAGGCCCAGGAUAUUGGCAAAUUGAAUAAGUUGUCGUAUUUAGAUAUCAAGGAUAACGAUUUUCCAGAUGGAACAACAUUGGAUAGAGGUACUACUGAUAACGUGUUUCGUCUAAUUGGGGACACUAUAACUGAAUUUCACUUUGGAGGAAGAAAUAUUGCCACUUGGCCGAGAGUUGCCUUAACCCAUUUUCCGAAAUUAGAUACCUUGAACUACGAAGGAGGGUAUCUAGCCAACGUACCAUAUGAUGGAUUUCAUGGGUUUGAACACACGUUAAGAAAGUUGCACAUAUCUCACACACAACUUAGACAAAUACCACUGGCAAUAUCACAACUUACACAGCUCCAGGAACUAUAUUUUGAUGACAAUAUCCAUGUACAUGACAGUGGAAUAUUUGCCCAAGCUUUUGCCACCUUAACUCAUACAACUAGUCCACUAAAAGUGUUAAGUCUACAAAAUGACGGAUUAUCAAGAUUCCCUGCAGUUUUGAGAAAUCUUGUCAAUCUUAAAGAAUUGAAUAUGGGUAGAAACAACUUAUGGUACGUGGCCGAUGAUGCCUUGUCACUACUCAUUAAUGCUUCCAUCACAAAAAUGGGUUUAAGUGGAUGCCAACUUGAUAGAAUUCCACAAGCUUUACUUAAAUUACCCAGCAUGGCAGAGCUUGAUGUAUCGAACAAUAAUAUACAAAGCAUUGAACGGUAUGAUAUGAGUAACCAGCCUACAAUAACUAAAUUGAACGUAUCUCACAACCCUCUGGCAUACAUUUCUACUGAAGCAUUUCAGUCGUUGCCGGCAUUAGAGGUUAUUGAUUUCUCAUCCACUGCCAUGACUCAGAUUCCGAGAGCAAUCAUAAAUACCCCCGCACUCAAGACUUUAAACUUGGCCAAUUGUCUUAUAGAAUGUACCUGUGAUUUGACAUGGAUAACGAGGCGUCUACAUCAAGGAAAGACAUUUAUUGGGACUUGUGAAACUAUUGAACAACCUGUUGAAUCUUAUAUACAGACACGCGUUCCAACCUGUCCAGCAAGACGUUAA